UUUGGUGUUGGAUUCCAGUUAUCAUUAUCCUCUUUCUUUUUUUGGUGUUGGAUUCCAUGAUCAUCAUCCAUUCUUUUUUUGGUGUUGGAUUCCAUGAUCAUCAUCCAUUCUUUUUUAUUUGGUGUUGGAUUCCAUGAUCAUCAUCCAUUCUUUUUUUUUUUGGUGUUGGAUUCCAGUGAUCAUCCGUUCUUUUUUUUUUGGUUUUGUAUUACAAGUCAUUUUUUUGGAUUACAAGCCAUCAUCCAUUCUCUUUUAUGGUUUUGGAUUUCAAGCCAUCAUUCAUCUCUUUUUGGUUUUGGAUUUCAAGCCAUCAUUCAUCUCUUUUUGGUUUUGGAUUCUAGUUAUCAUCCAUCUCUUUCUUUAUGGUGUUGGAUUCAAAUGAUCAUCUAUCCUUUUUUCUUUCUGGCUUUGGAUUACAAGCGAUCAUCAUCAUCUCCUUGUUGGACUACAAGUUGGGGUCACAAGCGAUCAUCCAUCCAUCCAUCCUUCCCUCCUCCUGGUCGUGGGCUUUGGGUCUUGGGUCAAGGCUUUCUUGCCAUGGUUUUGGAGUCAUCAUCACAGCCCUCGAUGGCUCCAAAAUCGUGGCAAGCGAAAGGGUUUUGGGUCCCGGAUUUUUUUUACGGGAUAUGGGUCAUCGAAGAUGACCCAUAUCAUUAUUAUUAGAAUUAGAAGUAGCUAUAGUAUAGUAUUUACAACGUCAAUAAAAAAGUUUGUUUUAAAAAAAAUAUAUGAAAA